GAAACUGACACUAAUCAAACAUUGACAACUUGCAUUUUACUAACAAAGGAAAUAUGGGCAAGACCAAAGCGGAGAUUCAAAAAGAGGAACGAGACAACCGAUACAACCGAAGACACGCUGAAAGAGAAAGCGCUCAGGCAGAGCAAGAAAAUGUAGGCGACGAGACUGAUCGCUCCAAUGAAAUCGAUGAGAAUUGUGAAGACAUCUCAGAAACAUCGGCAAAUGGCAGCAAUGAUACUAACGCUAUGCAACAAAAUGUGGCUCAAGCUAAGACUGUUUCUGAUCACAAAAUGGACAACUUCAUGCCCAUCCCACUUUCAAAACAUCAAAAAAUUUCAAAGUAAGCUCACGUGAUCGGACUUUGCUUUCAAGACGUAGCCAAAAAGAAGAAACCAAAGAAGGGGAAAAGAGGCGACAUAUUUACUAUCAAAUGCCGAUAUGAGAUUUCCAACGAACACUCGUUCGAAGUUCAUAGUCAAGGUGAAAUGGGUCCAGAAAUAGAACGGAAGUCGCAUUUAGCGUAUCAAGUCGCUCGUUUCGAAGCAGUUGCUAUGGGCUUCCCGGUGCAAUAUAGACAAGUUGUUGUCGAAUUCUACUAUCAUGGCCGAUUGGAUGGAUCAUCGGGUACCCUGGCGACUGCGGUUGGGUUGUUGGCUCUCUUCACAGGAGUUAAGAUAUCACCCCGUUUUGCCAUCACGGGUUCUCUUGAUGUUUUCGGUUUCGUUUAUGAAGUUGGUGGAAUUCUUGAUAAAGUCCAGGCGGCUAUUGACGGAUUGUAUGAAGCAGUCAUAGUGCCGGAUUCGAACUACUCGAUGAUUCCAGAUUCGAUGAAAACGAAAAUUCAAGUUCACCCGGUAUGGCAUGUACAAGAAGCUCUCAAAAUUGUCACUGAAAACAAGAAAUAACCCUAACUAUAAAUUUUUACUCGAAUAAAAAUUUUGAGAUUU